ACUUUAAAAUAAUAUUCAAAUUAAUUUACUAAGAACUAAAAGACGAAUAUAAAAGUUUGUUUUGGUUUUUACCUCCCCUUUAUGACAAAAAAUUCCCACAGGUGGCACUGCAGAACGUGUUCAUAAAUGGUAACUUACAAAGUUACCCAGUGAUGAGAUUGUGUUGUGUUUGAAGUCUUCUGUGAUCUCAAUUAUGAUAUCAGUCCUCUUGUCAAGGAUUGUUAUACUGGUCUUUGGCUUGCUGUAUCCAGCUUAUGCUUCCUUCAAGGCCAUCCGCACAAAGAAUGUCAAGGAAUAUGUGAAAUGGAUGAUGUACUGGAUCGUGUUUGCAUUGUUCAGUGCAGUAGAAACAUUCACAGAUGUACUCUUAUCAUGGCUGCCAUUUUACUAUGAAGUCAAGAUCCUGUUUGUGAUAUGGUUGCUGCUCCCUGUAACCAAGGGAUCUAGUCACCUCUACAAGAGGUUUGUUCACCCCCACUUUGCCAAAAGAGAAAAGGAUAUAGAUGAGUACAUAGACCAGUACAGUAAGAAAGGCUACACAACACUACUUAGUCUGGGUACUCGGGGACUAACGUACGCCACAAAUGUAGUCGUUACCACGGCCAUCAAGGUAAGACUGACAUACGCCACAAAUGUAGUCGUUACCACGGCCAUCAAGGGUCAGUCAUCCCUGGUCGAUCAUAUCAGGAAGAGCUACAGCACCAACGACUUGCGGGUGGGGGAGGACACAGUGGACGGACACCACCCUAGCUUUAUGCUGGACGACGACGAACUAGAUCCCGAGUCCAAACCUGUCAAUCAAGUCAUUGAUGAGAGCAGUAAAAAAGGGGACGAGGUCAAAUCCCCCCCAAAACCCUCCAAAGGGGGAGGGGGGUCAAAGCUGGGUAGUGGUUCAUUGAAGCCCCGGGGACAUGUGUCCUCAGGGUUAGGUCAGAACAAGGAUGAGAGAAUAGCACAAGACAACAGAGAGAUCGAGAAGAGGAAACCUUUACGACGGAGUACGAGUGACGUCACUGAAAUACGUCCUCCAACGUCGCGCUACAAAAAUCCACCCACAGAGCUUUCAAAAGUUGAGGAAGUAGAAGAGGAAUACAUGCUUCAUGAGGAGUCCUCUAUCCAUGUACGCCCGGGCUACUACAGCCCUAAACAGGAGAGAUUUUUAUAUGGUCAGACUCGACCCAUACGGUACGUUACCAAGAACCCGCGCACGUACCCGCAGUAAACUGCCAAAGUGAGGAACUUCACACAUAGAUACAUAGAUGGACCGUCUGCACUGAACUUACCAUUCAAAGGUCCUCUCCAUGGCAACAGCUUUCCUAGAUUGCUUUGGGAAUGGAUCCUGCUAUACAAGACAUUUGCUUUGAAAAAAAGUUUUUGGUAGCAAUAUUUUACUUAAAUUUUUAAAUGAGAUUUGUAAUUUCAUGACUGAUAGUUUUUUGGUGUUGUUAAUAUCAUCAAUGACAGGCUACCUGGCAGAAAAGUUUAGUCAUCAGCUGAAGCUUCAAUGCAGUCACUGAAUUUUUUCUGUCAAGUUCUAGGGGAAUUGUUUGACAUGAGGUCUCUAUGGACCAUCAUAAGAAAUGUUUGAGGUCGGAUGCAAGUCUGUAGUGUGUGUUUAAACAUACAUCCAAAAUACUGUUAAGUCUCAGUACUGAUUAAUUGUACAAUGUUGUAUAAUGGACUUAUUUGGAAGUGGAGGGAAUUUUUUACCCUAAAAAAAAUUUCUACAUGUAGUUACAUAUCUAAGUCAGUAAUUUUGUUUUGACAAUAUGUUAAGCCAACAUGAUUUGUUCAAUAUUUUACAUAAGAUGCUUAUCUUCAAAUAUAUUCAAAAUAUUAGACCUCAUGAAACAUUAUAAGAGAAAGCCAAAUUUAAAAAAUACAAACUUCUAUUUACACCACUUUGUUACACAUCUGUUUUUAUAUCAAUAUUUGUUUUAUUUAUGAGCAGAAUUUUACCAUAGUCAUCACUCUAAGUCUUUAAGAUUUCUGUGUGUUUGAUUUAAGUAAGUGAGACAAUUUUUGUGAAAGGAGUGCAUGUUAAAUGAUCGGUACUGAGGUGAGCUGAGGGUCAGAGCUUUAUACCGUGUGACCCUCGUUGUAAGUUAUUAUACUCUCAGGGCAGGGAACGUGUGAACAGAUCCAUUGUCCAUUGUUGAAUCACUUGUAAAUGUUGUAACUAUAUGUACAUAUGCCUAAUCUUUUUUUGUACUUUGUCUUCUUUUUCUAUUACUUUUUUGUGUUGUGAUUUUGUUUAUUUUUGGCUCUGUACUUUGCUCAAAGUGUUUCUGUUUGCCUUGGUUUACCAUCAUGAUACAUUCCACAGCCUCUGUACAGUCAGCUUUUGUAUCGUUUAUCUGAUUUUGUUUAUACCUUCUUCAUUCAGAAAAAGGUGCCAUAACUUUGUUAUUUUUUAACAGCACCAAUAUUGAAUUUGAUAUAGGCCAUUAUUGUGAUCUACAGAAUGAGUGACUGAGGACUCCAAGCCCAUUGUUUUACUUACUAAAUGUAUGUCAAUUUUAUAAUGAAUUUGGUAAUGAGCAUUUAAUGACAUCAGUCUAACUGAAAACAAAACCUCCAUGUUAUUAAUAAAGUCAAGUGUCUAUAACCAUUCAUUUGUGGGUUGUCAAAGCACGCCCUUUGUUCAUACAUGAGAUUAAUAUGUAUUGUCGUUGUCACGGUGCUGAGUCACUUGUUAACUUGUACCACAACACAGUCAUCUCUUCCUCUGUUUAGAACCUUGUUGUUAGGUUGUUCUGAGGAGCAAAGAUUUCGAUGAGGAAGAUGAGAAACAUCAAGUUGUCAAUCUGUGAUAAGUCUUGUACGGAUGUUAAUGUUUACAAAUGUUCUGCACAUGUACUUUAUGAAUGUUCUGUAGAUCCACAACGAACUGUAAACAAGUUCAGGAGUUCAAUGUACACACAGUUUUUACAUUCACCUGGUGAAGCUAAAAUGAUGUAACUUUUUUAUAUAUUCUACCAUCACCAUCAAGAUUAUCACCAAAGCUUGUUACAUUGGAGGAUUUCAUUUUUAAUUUUUUUGAUUCAAUAACACAAUUUGAUGGAUGUUAAGAUAACAGACCUUUACACUUGAAAUCAGUAUCCAUUAUUUCUGUGGAGUGUGGAGAAGAUAGCUUUAUACCUGUGUGUAAUUUGAUGGCUUUAUACCUGUGUGUAAUUUGAUGGUAGAUAAGAACAUUAGGUAAGAUCACAGCUCUUACAAUGCACUUCUUUGUGAUUGUGGACUGAUAGGAACAGAACAGAGAAAGGUCAAGGGGGGGGG